AGUAUCUUAACCCAUGUGCUCUUUUUCAUUGUAGAUGAACAGGAGGCAUUGAACUCGAUCAUGAAGGAUCUGGUGGCCCUCCAGAUGAGCCGACGUCCCCGGGUGACUGCAUAUGAGACCAUGAAGAACAAAGACACGGGUCACCCAAAUAGGCAGAGUGACGUCAGAAUCAAGUUUGAGCACAACGGGGAGAGGCGAAUUAUAGCAUUCAGCCGGCCUGUGAGAUAUGAAGAUGUGGAGCGCAAGGUGACAACAGUGUUUGGGCAGCCUCUUGAUCUGCAUUACAUGAACAAUGAGCUCUCCAUCCGGCUGAAGAACCAAGAUGAUCUUGAUAAAGCAAUUGACAUUUUGGAUAGGAGCUCAAGCAUGAAAAGCCUUAGGAUAUUGCUGCUGCCUCAGGACAGAAAUCAUACCAGUUCCUCUCCCCACUCCGGAGUGUCCAGGCAGGUACGGAUCAAAGCUUCCCAGUCUGCAGGAGAUAUAAAUACUGUCUACCAGCCCCCUGAGUCCAGAAGCAGGCACCUCUCUGUCAGCUCCCAGAACCCUGGACGAAGCUCACCUCCCCCUGGCUAUGUGCCUGAAAGGCAGCAGCGCAUUGCCCGGCAGGGGUCCUACACCAGCAUCAACAGUGAGGGGGAGUUCAUUCCAGAGACCAACGAGCAAUGUAUGCUGGAUCCCCUGGACAGUGCUGAAAAUUCCUUGUCGGGAAGCUGCCAAUCCUUGGACAGGUCAGCAGACAGUCCAUCCUUCCGGAAAUCACGAAUGUCCCGAGCCCAGAGCUUCCCAGACAACAGACAGGAGUUCUCGGAUCGGGAAACUCAGCUCUAUGACAAAGGGGUCAAAGGUGGAACCUACCCCCGGCGCUAUCAUGUUUCUGUGCACCACAAGGACUACAAUGAUGGCAGAAGAACAUUUCCCCGAAUACGACGUCAUCAAGGUAACCUGUUCACCCUGGUGCCCUCCAGCCGUUCCCUGAGCACAAACGGCGAGAACAUAGGUCUGGCAGUGCAAUAUAUGGACCCCCGUGGGCGCCUGCGGAGUGCGGACAGCGAGAAUGCCCUCUCUGUGCAGGAGAGGAAUGUGCCAACCAAGUCUCCUAGUGCCCCCAUCAAUUGGCGCCGGGGGAAGCUCCUGGGCCAGGGUGCCUUCGGCAGGGUCUAUUUGUGUUAUGACGUGGAUACAGGACGUGAACUUGCUUCCAAGCAGGUCCAGUUUGAUCCAGACAGUCCUGAGACAAGCAAGGAGGUGAGUGCUCUGGAGUGUGAGAUCCAGUUGCUGAAAAACUUGCAGCACGAGCGCAUUGUGCAGUACUAUGGCUGUCUGCGGGACCGCGCUGAGAAGACUCUGACUAUCUUCAUGGAGUAUAUGCCGGGGGGCUCAGUGAAAGACCAGUUGAAGGCCUAUGGAGCCCUGACAGAGAGUGUGACCCGAAAAUACACCCGGCAGAUCCUGGAGGGCAUGUCUUACCUGCACAGUAACAUGAUCGUUCACCGGGACAUCAAGGGAGCCAACAUCCUCCGAGACUCUGCCGGGAAUGUGAAGCUGGGGGAUUUUGGGGCCAGCAAGCGCCUGCAGACCAUCUGCAUGUCCGGCCCGGGUAUGCGCUCGGUCACCGGCACACCCUACUGGAUGAGCCCUGAGGUGAUCAGCGGCGAAGGCUACGGAAGGAAAGCAGAUGUGUGGAGCCUGGGCUGCACUGUGGUAGAAAUGCUGACAGAGAAACCACCUUGGGCAGAGUAUGAAGCCAUGGCCGCCAUUUUCAAGAUUGCCACGCAGCCCACCAAUCCUCAGCUGCCCUCCCACAUCUCUGAGCACGGUCGGGACUUCCUGAGGCGCAUUUUUGUGGAGGCCCGACAGAGACCUUCGGCCGAGGAGCUGCUCACACACCACUUUGCACAGCUUGUGUACUGAGCUCUCAAGGCCACGCUGCUGCCAGCUGCCCCUGCUACAGGGCAAGGGGCUGCUAUGGGACUCAGCAAAGUUGCUGCUUCUCCCAGGCAAGGCUGUGAACCAUGGAACUACAGCCCAGCCGGCAUUUGUCUGUGCCCCUUCUGCCACUGGGGCUCAGAGCCAGGGUGGGGUGGCUGCAGCCUCAAGGACUGGAAGCCCCCAGCCUGCCAGACCUGAGAGUUCCAACCUCGUAAGCUCAGCAUGGAGGGUAAGGGGCUAGGAACAGUGUGCAAGGUGCCAUGGUCUCCACCCUUGGGGCUGUGUCCUGACACUGCAAUCAGCUUCAGAGCCCAGAAGGUCUGGGGCACAAGAUGGACACGGGGUCCGAAUAGUGUUACUUUCAUUCAGAGUGUUAUUUUGUUUCUCCUCCCCAUGUCUGGAGAUCACCAGGGCAUCUCUGGGCUGGCUGAGCCCACCCACGCCUGAGGUAAAGCCCAGCGUCCUGCAGCCAGUGGAAGGCAGAGGCCUGGGCUGCACUCCCGCUGGAGCCCCAGGUCAGCUUUGCCAGUCCCUUCCUUACCAAAGAUGAAUGAAGCAAUGUUAUGCUGCCUUAUUCGGGGAAGGAGGACCUGUCCUACCUGCCCUGUGACCCUGCCUUCCCAAGCAGGAGCCUGAGAUGUGGAACUGCCCCACUCAGGGGCAGUUUUGUCAAUGCAAUUGUCUGUUUUACAAGUUGGAGUCACUCUUAUGCUGUACCCAGUUUCCGAAGUGGAGACUGUGUGCCCUCUGGGUUCUGAGUCCCCCUGCUGUGGGCCCAGGCCUUGGGCUGGAUUGGAAAGAGCUGAAGGUAAUGGCCUUUGUGCUCCUCGCCUGGCAUCUGUUCCCCCACU